UCUUUUAUUGAGUUGGGCUCUGUCGUAUACGUUUGUUGCUCGUCUCUUGUUUCGAGAAAGCUCGGUUAUCUGCAAUGGCUGAGGAGCCGUGGGGAGAGCUGUUAUCUUUCCAGACUUUCCAAAACAAGCUCCCCUUGGGUGCUGCUUAUGGCUACGGUGGAGAGGAUCUGCAAGGGUUGUGCCAGAGGGAGUUUGCCAGGCUAGGAGAAAUUAUUUACCUUGACCAUGCGGGUACUGCUCUCUAUCCAGAAAGUUUGCUAAAAGCCUUUACUGAUGACCUCAGUACAAAUGUUUAUGGAAAUCCUCAUAGUCAAAACAUCAGCAGCAAACUGACAUACGAUACUAUUGAACAUAUCAGAUUCAGGUAA